UAUUUAACAAAUAUUUGUUACUGUUGCUCAACUGAAUUAUUGACUCGAGCCCUGAGCUCCAAAGCCAGCUCUUUACGUAGGCCUCUUUCUCCAGCAGUAAACAGAGGGUGCUGGACUAAGUGCCCUCUAAGGAAUCCUGCAGCUUCAGCCCUCGUUAUUAAUGGUCUGGGAUUCUAAGAACACCCGCAGCCCAGCGCGCUCCCAGCGCCCCCCAAUGCCACCCCGCUCUGCGAGGCUGGCGAGCGCUCCGGGAGGAAGAAGCGGGGAGGGGAGGGUGAGCGAAGCUCCGCGCCCUCCCUCGGAGAUUAGGAGUCCAGGCAGCGUCCCGCCUCCCGGGAGUCGCGCCUGCGCGCUGCCAGUCCCCGCUGUGCAUCAGGCUGGGCGAGCGGAGCUCUAGGCUUCCAUCUCUUAGGCCAAUGGCCCCCAGGCUGCGGCUGCUGACAUGGGAUGUGAAGGAUACAUUGCUUAGACUCCGACUUCCAGUGGGGGAAGAAUACUCAGCCCAGGCUCAGGCCCAUGGGCUAAAGGUAGAGGCAGCAGCCCUUGAAUCAGCCUUCCGUCAAGCAUACAAGGCCCAGAAGCAGAAGUUUCCCAACUAUGGACUAAGCCAAGGCCUCACCUCAAGACAAUGGUGGCUAAAUGUUGUCUUGCAAACAUUCCACCUGGCAGGAGUACAGAACUCCAAUAUCCUCGAUCCCAUUGCCAACAAACUCUAUGAGGACUUCUCCAGUGCUAAAACUUGGCAGAUGCUGGAAGGGGCUGAAUCCACUCUGCAGCAGUGCCGUGAACGGGGCCUGCGACUAGGUGUUGUUUCCAACUUUGACAGGAGGCUAGAAGACAUCCUGGCUCACUGUGGUCUCCGGAAGCACUUCGAUUUCAUACUGACAUCUGAGGCAGCUGGCUGGGCCAAACCUGAUCCACGAAUCUUCCGACAGGCCCUUCAGCUUGCUGAUAUAGCACCCACCCAGGCAGCCCAUGUUGGGGACAAUUACCUGAAUGAUUACCAGGCACCCCGGGACGUGGGCAUGCACAGCUUCCUGCUGAUGGGUACCAAGACUCAGGACCCCUUUCCAAGAACUGUCCCUAAGGAACACAUCCUGCCUUCCCUCCCCCACCUUCUGGCUGCCCUCAACCUCCUGGAGGGCUCAGACCCAAAGCACUGAAGAUUGGUGGGGAAGGUGAGGGCUGCAAGCUGAGCCUACCAGGUGGGAGAAGGCAAGGGAAGUCCCAGCCAGCAAAAUCCUACUAUUGAAAACAUUGGCUCCUUCUUCCCACGUGGGCAAAGUGGGAGCUGUUCUCCCUUCAGCCUCAAUAGCAGGUGUCUGUGGCUACCAUAAAGUCAAAUACCAUAGCUAAG